GAAUCGGCGGACCGUGGGGAGGAGACCCCACGCCACCCUUUCUGGUCCUCUCCCCUCGCGCCCCGCCCCUGCGCACACUCCCUCCCGGGCGAGCUACUUUCGGACGCGGAAAGUGAGGGCGGCCCUGGGUGACAGCGCCGCGGGGCCAGUCCCGGGGAAGCCGCGCGUCUGUUCGAGGCUCGUCCGCCAGCUCUCCCAGCCAGGGGCAUAGCCCGGACCGAGAGGAUGGCUUCGACCACAACCUGCACCAGGUUCACGGACGAGUAUCAGCUUUUCGAGGAGCUCGGAAAGGGGGCUUUCUCAGUGGUGAGAAGAUGUAUGAAAAUCCCUACUGGACAAGAAUAUGCUGCCAAAAUUAUCAACACCAAAAAGCUUUCUGCUAGGGAUCAUCAGAAACUGGAAAGAGAAGCUAGAAUCUGCCGUCUUCUGAAGCACCCCAAUAUUGUGCGACUUCAUGACAGCAUAUCAGAAGAGGGUUUCCACUAUUUGGUGUUUGAUUUAGUUACUGGAGGUGAACUCUUUGAAGACAUAGUGGCAAGAGAGUAUUACAGUGAAGCAGAUGCCAGUCAUUGUAUACAGCAGAUUCUAGAAAGUGUAAAUCAUUGUCACCUAAAUGGCAUAGUUCACAGGGACCUGAAGCCUGAGAAUUUGCUUUUAGCUAGCAAAUCCAAGGGAGCAGCUGUGAAACUGGCAGACUUUGGCUUAGCCAUAGAAGUUCAAGGAGACCAGCAGGCGUGGUUUGGUUUUGCUGGCACACCCGGAUAUCUUUCUCCAGAAGUUUUACGUAAAGAUCCUUAUGGAAAGCCAGUGGAUAUGUGGGCAUGUGGUGUUAUUCUCUAUAUCCUCCUGGUGGGAUAUCCACCCUUCUGGGAUGAAGAUCAACACAGACUUUAUCAGCAGAUCAAGGCUGGAGCUUAUGAUUUUCCAUCACCAGAGUGGGACACAGUGACUCCGGAAGCCAAAGACUUAAUCAAUAAAAUGCUCACUAUCAACCCUGCCAAGCGCAUCACAGCCUCAGAGGCACUGAAACACCCAUGGAUCUGUCAACGUUCUACUGUUGCUUCCAUGAUGCACAGACAGGAGACUGUAGACUGCUUGAAGAAAUUUAAUGCUAGAAGAAAACUAAAGGGUGCCAUCUUAACAACUAUGCUGGCUACAAGAAAUUUUUCAGCAGCCAAGAGUUUGUUAAAGAAACCAGAUGGAGUAAAGAUAAACAACAAAGCCAACGUGGUAACCAGCCCCAAAGAAAAUAUUCCUACCCCAGCGCUGGAGCCCCAAACUACUGUAAUCCACAACCCUGAUGGAAACAAGGAGUCAACUGAAAGUUCAAAUACAACAAUUGAGGAUGAAGAUGUGAAAGCACGAAAGCAAGAAAUCAUCAAAGUCACUGAACAACUGAUUGAAGCUAUCAACAAUGGAGACUUUGAAGCUUACACAAAAAUCUGUGACCCAGGUCUUACUGCUUUUGAACCUGAAGCUUUGGGUAAUUUAGUGGAAGGGAUGGACUUCCACCGAUUCUACUUUGAAAAUGCUUUGUCCAAAAGCAAUAAACCAAUCCACACAAUUAUCCUAAACCCCCACGUACACCUGGUAGGUGAUGAUGCUGCCUGCAUAGCAUACAUUAGGCUCACACAAUACAUGGAUGGCAGUGGAAUGCCAAAGACAAUGCAGUCAGAAGAGACUCGUGUGUGGCAUCGCCGGGAUGGAAAGUGGCAGAAUGUUCAUUUUCAUCGCUCUGGGUCACCAACAGUACCCAUCAAGCCAUCCUGUAUUCCAAAUGGGAAAGAAAACUUCUCAGGAAGCACCUCUUUGUGGCAAAACAUCUAAGGCUUGAAAACCAUUCACAUAUGGGUCUUCUAAAUAUCAACAGUGCCACUUCUGCAUUCUCUGUUCUCAAGGCAUCUGGAUGGUAACCCUGGGCCGUCCUCUCCCCCCUUCAUGCAUGUUUCUGAGUGCAUGAAGUUGUGAAAGUCCUACACGUAAUGCAUAUGUGAUGCAUCAUCUUGUCAUAUAUUCCUUUCCUAUACAUUGUUUACACUUCAACUAUGGGGAUGUUCCAUGCAAACUUCAAUUACUGUUGGCAAACAAUAGGGGGAGGUCAGAUAAAAAAAUAUUCCACAAUAUUCCAAAUGCAACCUAUUCAAGUUUCUGUUUAUGCCAAGAUAUAACAGACUUCAAAAUUAUUCUCUCUGAAUGACAGUUUGUAAGAGAAACAUACCUUUUUAAAAUUCUUUGCUGUUAAUCAGUUUUGGCUUGUUUAACAAAAAGCAAAAAUAUAUAUACCUUCAGUUUCCUGGUUGAUAUUGCUGUUUAACAAAGUAGGUUGAUAUGUGAGCAAAAUCACUCAUGAAUGUGGAAGGGAGAAUCGGUUUGCUACCAUCCAAAGUUGUUUUUGGUCAGACUGUAAACUGGAAAAAUUCACAUAAUUUAUGAGUGAUCACUUUAGGAUAUAUUCACACUUCUGGUGAAUUUGCUGAAUUUUUUUGUUCCUUUCUCAGAUAUAUGCUUUCUUUUCUCCAUUUGAUCUUACUUCUUGCUGUUUGCUUUGUCUCCAUCCUCUUCUGUCUUUUCUCACAUUCUACUAGACAGAAAGGAAAGUGAAAUUUGCAUAAUAGAGGUAACUAAACUAGCACUUUUGAUCAUCUUCAGGACCCACAAAACUGUUGUCAAGAUUUUAAAGCUUCCUGAUUCUGCUUAGGCUCUAGCUUGGAUGUAGCGAGCCUAUGUCAGUGAUUUUAGCAUUGUUUAAACUUAGGAUCAAAGCAGUGAGGAUUUCUGGAUUUCCCUGAGCUGUGUCUGAGUUUAAUUAGGGGACUUGCAAGGAGUUGUAGCAGAUCAGGAUUUUGUGAAUGUGCACUUAGCUCUGCCUGGUGGAAGGGGCCCCUCCUGCUUCACCACUGGCUAAAGUCAGAGAGGUCUGUGAUUUCCAUUCUCAUAAGUGUUUAGAAAUUGAUUUUUGUGGCUUAACGCCCUCUUAGCUUCUCUCUUGCGUCAGUAACAUUAUCUCUCUGUGAAGAAUUAGGAUUUUCCAGUUUAAAAAGAAAAGGGAAAUGCCCAUAUUUUCUUUGUGCUUCUCAUUUCUCCUUUAUUUAUUCAACUCUUGUAAGGCUGUUUCUCUUCCCUGAAAUGCUUUAUAGUGCAUGGUAUCUUCAUCAGCGUUAUUUUAACAAUAGUAAUUCACAAUCUUCAGAAGCCUAUUUUUAAAGCAGAAGCAAAAAACUAAACCCUCUUUCUCUCAUUUCACCUUUCUGUGUUGAUGACUCAUCACCUUAGAUAUUGUUGCUAGUGGAUGUAUGGUAGAUGGAUUAAAGCUUUUCUGAUAAUUACACGAUUUAAAAAUAUAUAUUUAAAAUAAAUAUAUACAGUAAAUGUAUUGAGCCAUGUUAACCUGCCAAUGAGAUCUGUGAAAAAGUAAUGGCCUCGUUUUUCCCUUUUUGAUUUCUUUUACCUUUUUGUGAAGCGGCUAUACGUGGCAUACAUGUAUUUUAAAAAUAAUAGGUAUAGAGUGGUUUUUUUUUACACUUUUAACUUAGCAUGUGGUGUUGAAGUAUUACUGUAGAUCAAGUUUGUCUCCGCACUGAGAUGUGAGGAAAUUGUGAUUUGUUCUCUCCGCCACAACUGAAUUACACAUUAUCUUCUGUCAUUUUGAAACACUGCAGUUUACCAUGGGACACUGUAUAUAUUUCUUGCCAUAAUGGUAAAUGACUGAUUGAUAUAUUUAAGAGUUAAUAAAUUUGUGAUUUCUGCUGACAA